AUGUCCCUGCCUGAUGCCCACUGGUCUCUUUCACAGAGCCCCAGCCUCGUGGAGAGUAAAAACUCCCUGGACCUGAUGGAGAUCAUGGGCAACCUCUCCUAUGAUGAUGGCAAUGAGACCUUCCCAGACUACGAUGCUGCGCCCUGCCACAACCAGUACUGUCUCUUCUUCCAGCACGUUGCCCCCCCCUUCCUGGCUGUCACCUGUGCCAUGGCUGCCCUGGGUGCUGGGGCACUGCUGGUGGCACUGACCAAGUGGCCUCGCGUGUGGGGUUGGCCCCAGAGCCGAGUGCUGGUGGCCCAGCUGGCAGUGGGGACAGGUGUCUUUGCUGCCUUGCUGCCCCUGGUGGCAGUGGGCAUCAAGCAGGGUUGGCAGCUGGGCGCAGGGCUGUGCAAGCUCACCCACUUGCUGUGGCACUGGAGCCUCUUUGCACAGGGGCUGCUGGUGGGCAGCAGCUUCUGCAGCACUGCCUGGUGCCGCUGGGACCCUCGGAACCAGCGCCUGGCUGUGGCCCUGUGGGCUGGAGCGCUGCUUCUGGCAAUGCCAGCAGCUCUUGCCAGUGGCACAGUUGCAGCCCCAGAGACAAGCUGCAUCCGCCGGAGUGUGGAUAUCCUCUCCCCAGCAUACCUGCUGCACCUGGCCCUCUGUGUCUGCCUCUUCGUGCUGCUGCCAGUGGUGCUGCUGCUGGCCACACUAGCUGUGCCGCAGCUGAGGGUGGGCUGGGAGCCAGGCACUGGUGCAAGCUGGCUUUUCUUUGCGCUCUGGAUGCCUUAUGGGGUGGGGCUGGUUGUGGAUUUCCUUCUGCAUGCCCGGCUGCUGCAGCCCACCUGUGGCACCUUUGAGCACUUUGACUAUAUGCUGGGGCUGAGCGAGGGGCUGGGGGUGCUGCACUGCUGCCUGGGGCCUACGGCACUGCUUGCCGUCCGCCUCUGUCACCGCCAGGCUAGCAUCAGUGGCAACUGCUGA